UCUUGAGUUUCUUCCUAUAAAUGCAUCGAUCCAUUCAAAUCAUUCCAUAAUUAUCACACUCACUCAUAAACCAUAUAAAUCCCACUAACUCUUCUGAGAAUUACUACAUCAGUAAAAAAAAUGGAGUCCAAAGGGUCAAUUUUAAUUAAGUUUCUCAUGUUUCUUCAAUUAUCAGUUCUAUGUCUUUCACAACAACAAGAUUUUGAUUUCUUCUACUUUGUUCAACAGUGGCCAGGAUCAUUCUGUGAUUCACAGAAGAGUUGUUGCUAUCCAACAUCUGGAAAACCUGCUGCUGAUUUUGGUAUCCAUGGUUUAUGGCCUAAUUACAGAGAUGGUACCUAUCCAUCUAACUGUGAUCCCAGUAGCCCUUUUGAUCAAUCUCAGAUAUCUGAUCUCACAAGUAGUUUGCAAAAGAACUGGCCCACACUUGCAUGUCCAAGUGGUGAUGGAAUUCAGUUUUGGACGCAUGAAUGGGAGAAACAUGGAACUUGCUCAGAAUCAAGCCUUAAACAACAUGAUUAUUUUGAAACAACUCUCAACUUGAAACAAAAAUCAAACCUCCUCGAUGCUCUUACUAGUGCAGGAAUACAAGCUGAUGGAGGUUCAUAUAGUGUGAGCAGUAUCAAAGAAGCUAUACAAAAGGGAGUUGGAUUUUCUCCAUUCAUUGAGUGCAAUGUGGAUUCAUCUCGUAACAGUCAGCUAUACCAAGUUUAUCUGUGUGUGGAUACUUCUGGAACAAACUUCAUUGACUGUCCUGUUUUCCCCCAUGGCAAAUGUGGAACUGAUAUUGAGUUCCCAUCUUUUUAAGUAUCAGUUUCUAUGACAAUAAUAUAGCUUCAAGUUUAUUUAUCAUCUUGUUUACACCUUAUUCUUUAUAUGUAUGCAAUUAUAGUGUAAUUGAAUUUGAAUUUGAAUGAUAUAUUAG